AUGCGCUUACUCGGUACACUUGUCGCCGUUGCGCUGGCGUCUGGCGCAAAAGCUGGACUCAUGUCGCCAAUUGUUAUCAUUAACACCUCCCCCACAGACGUCGUAGUUGACAUGUCUCUGGGUCAGAGCUGUAUCUACACCUCCUUCAACAAUGAUCAACUGGAGUGGUACUACCGAGCUUGGCAGAGCACAGAUUUGGCGCAUGAUUGGGUCACAAUAGGAGGUGAUGGCGGCCCCCUUCAAGCCCAGAAUGUGGUCAUAUUUCGUCAGCUUGAUGACUAUCUUCAAACGUUCAAGCGUCGCUUCGGUAUCUGGGACAUGCGUGAAGGAUUACAAUCGUCGUCUAAGAUAAGUAUUUUGCCGGGUUUGGACGCAGCGAACCUUGACAGGACUCCCUUCUCUGUCCACCAGGUCGAAAUGAGAAGCUCGGCGGAGUGCUUGGGAAGGGACUCAUGGAAAAGAUUUGAUCUGAUUGUUGGAGAGGAACGUCAGCAAUACGAGCUGCGAGAUCCGGCAUUGUCCGCUUGGGAAGUCCGCAAAAUUAACGACGACGGUACCAACCAAUUUGUUGUCAAUAUCGGUAGCGGAGGUUAUAUAUCCAUCAAGGCGGUCCUGCGCCUUGUUUUGGAGCAAACAAUAGCAGCAGUGCAGAUCGUCGGAAUGUUUGCAAUACUCAAGGCUCAUUUCAUGAUUCGUCGCAUCACCUCGCAGCCAGACUGGGACGGCGGCUACCAAUGGAAUCUUCUCAACAGGCUUAUCGAAAAGUCGAUGUUGGGGGUACCCAUACGGUAUGGAACAAUCCUGCUGGGCUUGAGUCAAACGAAUCCAGGCAAUAAGAACCUUGAUCCAACAAUCACUUGGAGGGAUGACGACCCCGUUACCAGACAAUUGGGCCUGCCUGAUGCUGGGGUCAUCUCAGACAACGGCACCCUGUCUUUGGCUUUGUUGGACUUCGAUGCCAUAUACCGCGAUAUCAGUGUCUCAGAUCGCAAUGCGUGUCUUUCAAGAAAGAAAGGGAUCGACGGCACGGCGUGCCGAGUGGCAGGCACAUCGCUUCUGAUUCAACCAGAUGGUACUGUUUUGCUGCUUCCGUUGCCAGGCAUCGAGACUAUGCCAGACGCACUCCAGAGAGUCUGGGGCUGA